CAACGAUUCGCUGGCCUUUUCUCCGACCCGGAUUUUCCAUUUUUGAUCUGCAAUUCGGUGAUCGGAUCAUGCGGUCUUGUGUUCGAACCAGAAACCAAACCAGCCUGGAAUGAAGCAAAUGUUGGAGUGGCGGGCAUUUGAACAGUAGAAUCUUCAUGAAAACAUCGGCGUUAUACUUUGAGGAGAGAGAAUAGUUGUAGACUGUGAUACAAGGACUUGAAAAGAAAUUGAAGAGUAUCCGAGUUGUGAGUAGAAAUGUCAUCAUCUAAUUCUCCAUGUGCGGCUUGCAAGCUUCAAAGGCGGAAAUGUACACAAGAGUGUAUAUACGCACCCUAUUUCCCACCAGAUCAGCCUCAAAAAUUCGCUAACGUCCAUAAGGUCUUCGGUGCAAGCAAUGUUGCAAAGCUUCUCAACGAAAUAAAUGCCGCAAAUCGAGAAGAUGCCGUGAAUUCCCUAGCUUAUGAAGCGGAGGCUCGUCUUCGCGAUCCCGUCUAUGGCUGUGUUGGUAUGAUUUCAAUUCUUCAACAACAACUUAAGCAUCUUCAGAAUGACCUUUUGGCUGCCAAAAAGGAACUAGCUGCAUAUAUUGGUCCGUCAGCGAUGGCACAUGUCGGGUAUAUGCCACAGCAAUACAUGAGCGAUCCUUCUUCAUCGUCGGUCAUUCCUUAUAACAUGUCGCCAAUUUUGGGUCUUCCCCCUGGUGCUUCACAUGGUGGGCAAUUGAUAAUUCGUGAGCCACAGACGCAGCAGAAUCAGCAUCAGCUACAACAGAUUCUUGAGGCUCAGCAAUUAGCUGCAGCUAUGGCAGCAAGAGGGCAAGAGAUAAUGAGGACUCAUGAGCGGCAGCAACAGGAACAAGAGCUCCUUCGGUUCGACAAUGGGUUUGACGCUGAUGGUAUAGUUGGUGCUGCAAGUAGUUUCAACCAGAUGACUGCAGCUGCAAUGUCACCAUCUCGGGCUUUGGGUACAUUUGAACAUCAGCUUCAGCUUCAGCCCCAGCCCCAGCCCCGGCUGCUUCCUCAAACCCAAAAACAACCUCAGUUACCUCAACAGCAGCAAGGAUUUGGAAGCGAGGACGGCAGAAACGUGGGCCCAUCUUGUUAAGUCUUGCAGCUCAUUCCUAUAACAAUUUGUCCUUGGGUAUAUUCCCUCUCGCUCCCUGUCUCUUAUUAAUGGUUUAUUAUGCCUCGGACACAUGAAGGUCUCUGAAUGCUUGAGACUUCGCUUUUCUAAACUGUUCUGAUCCUAUGCAUCUUAUUUUGUACCCGCGGAUUACUGUUGGGU